ACACGGCAACUUUCGAACAGGAAACCUAUUAGACGCUUCGCCUGUCGCUUUCUCUUUAUCCACGGGCCUACGUAAACUCACCCACAUCCACUGUCUCUCAGAGGGUAGGAGGAUGAACUGGGAUAGGGCUGCAGCGUGGCAUUGUUGUUAGCCUCUAUGAGAGAUACCCAACAACUGGAAUGACAGCAGGGCGUGUUUGGGGCUCAGUGCUCUAACCCAGCCAUGAGCAUCAUCGGCGCUGAGGAUGAGGAUUUCGAGAAUGAUCUGAAUGAUGUGCCGGAUGAGCAGUGCCCAUACUUCAAUAACAUAGACCUGCUGAAGGAUCGCCCGACCCACCUGCUGGUGUUCAUGCAACAUGUCAUCCUACAGUUUGACCCGGCCCCCCUGCUGUGUUACCUCCAUGCUGACCUCUUUAAGAACCUCAGUGCCAAAGAGACCAAGAAGCAAUUUGUGGAGUUCUUCAACACUUUCCUGGACAAGGGUGCAAUCCUCAGAGUGGCACUACCAUCUAAUGUAGCCUAUGAAUUGGACCGAACCCGUCCAGAUCUGCUCCAUGAGGACACCCAAAAGCGUUAUGCUCAGGAGGUUCAGAGCAUGCAGGCUGCUGAAGUGGCCAAACAGCUGGAAGAUUUCAGGCAAAAGAGGAUGAUGGGUAUGACGCCCAACGAGGCGGAACUCAUCGACGUGGAGAGCCACUAUCCCACUGACCGCAUCCCGAUGGAGAUGAAGGAGAAGUCUGUAGCUGAAAACCUGCUGGACAAGAUGUCUGAGACACAACCUUCAAUUGUCUCGGACGAGGAAAAAUGCCAAUCCAUCUUUUCAGCGGUGGCCUUCUUCAUGAAGCACCUUGGGGUUAAAACCAGGGCAGUUGACAGUAAGAAGUCCAGAGGAGGCUUCUUCAGGAGACAGCUGGUAAAGAAUAAGAAGGAUGAAUCCACAAAGGGCAAGCCCAGAGGGGUUUUCCCCGGCAUCCCCAGCUGGAUUGGAGGCACCACUGACGUCAAACCUAAAACGGAGGCUGAAGCUGAAAAGGAGAAAGUGAAUCCAGAGCGUAAGGGUCCAGCGCCCGGCAGAGGCUCCUUGACCGACUCUGCAGCUCCUUCCAUCCCCAGCAGGAAGCCUGGCUCCACCGGAAGCCCCGCCUCCCUGUCUGGGUUAGAGAUCAGUGAUGGGUCGGGCAACAACAUCAGCACCACCAACAGCCCUGAGUCUUCGCACAUCGAUGGUGUCUCAAGCAAUCGCUUAGAGCCUCCGACCCUGUCAGACGGGGGUGACAUCUCCCCCGUCGGGUUGGGAGGAGGGCUGACCAUCGGCGAGCCCCUCUCACCCAUGGACACUCCCACAGAGGAAAAUGUGGAGAAAGGUGACAGACGGAAGACAAGUAGGAAAGUGGGGCGUAGCGAGAGUGCCCGCGUGGACCGGCACUCCUCUCGCCGCCGUGGCUCUUCCCGGGCCAAACAGUCUCGCUCCCGUAGUGAUGUGGACCUGCAGCCGCCUUCUUCCACGACAACGUCACCUGCCCCACUCACCCCCCAGCACCUCCAUCCCUCUGACGGACCGGUUACAUUCCCUGAAGGGCCCGGCCACUCCCCCACCAGCCCCUCCCCACAGCUGGACGAGGUGGAUCCCCGCCUCCUGGAGUUUGAGCAGGACCCGCCCAACUGGAGGGAGCUGGCUCCCCCUGAAGCCCUGUCUAGUCUCAGCAAGAAGGAGACCAAGAGGCAGGAGGUCAUCAAUGAGUUGUUUGCGACGGAGCACGCCCAUGUGCGGAUGCUAAGUGUCCUUCAGAUGGUCUUCUCAAAGCCCCUGGAGAGAGAGGAGCUCCUGACCUCCCCUGAGGUGGCCGCCAUCUUCCCCAACCUGGAUGAGAUCAUUGAGAUGCACUAUAACUUCUACGAGAACUUGAAGAAACUGCGUCUGGAUGACAACUUCAUAGUCAAAUCUAUCAGCACCACAGUGCUCAACAGAUUUGAAGGUACAGAGGGAGAGUGGUUCCAGAAAUUGACAGCCCGGUUCUGCAGUCAUCAGUCGUGGGCCUUGGACCAGAUCAAGAGCAGGCAGAAGAAAGAGCCACGCUUCAACUCUUUCAUACAGGAGGCAGAGAGUAAGCCCCAGUGCCGCAGGCUGCAGCUCAAGGACAUCAUCCCCAUAGAGAUGCAGAGACUGACCAAAUACCCGCUGCUGCUGGAAAAUAUUGCCAAGAGCACAGAGGACCCGACAGAGAAGGAGAGGAUCCAGCAGAGCGCAGAGUGCUGUAGAAAGAUCCUCAACCAUGUCAAUGAGGAGGUCAAAGUGAUGGAGAACCUAUUGACUCUGAAGGACUACCAGCGAAGACUGGACACAUCAGGGCUCAAACCCAGUAAUGAGCUUUAUACUGAAUAUAAGAACAUCGACCUGACGCAUAAGAAGAUGCUUUAUGAAGGCCCUGUGACCUGGAGAGUCACAAAGGAGAAGGCAAUUGAGGUGCAGUGUGUGUUGCUCGGGGACCUGCUGGUGCUCUUACAGAGGCAGGACGACAAGAUGGUUCUCAAAUGUCAGAGUAAGAGUAACAUCGCCAUGCAGGAGGGCAAGCAGAUGCUGAGCCCCAUCAUCAAGCUGGACUCAGUCUUCCUACGUGAGGUGGCCACAGAUCGGAAGGCUUUCUAUGUGAUAUUUACCUGGGACAGCGGCGCUCAGAUCUAUGAACUGGUGGCUCAGUCUGUUGGAGAGAGGAAAAUCUGGACUGAUGUGAUUAAGUCAGCAGUGGAUGAUCUGAAGAAGAGUGGAGCACCCAUGAGGUUGCCACUGCCUCCUGGAAGUGGAGGAGCUCCCUUCAGUCCCACGCUGAGUGCCCCUUUGAGCCCGACUGAGAAUGGGGGUUUGAAAAGCAGCAGUGAUCGAGAUAAAGACAGCUUGACGGAUGACAAGUCUUCAGACCCCAGGCACAGACUGAUUGAUUUCCUGUCAGACAAAGGCUUCGACUUGAUAGGCCACUCCAACAGCGAUCAGGAGAAGGUGGCCAACAGUGCUUUGGAUGAAGUCAUGUUACUGAAAAGGCUGCUGGUCGGCAGCAUCAGUCUAUCAGAAGACUCUCAGCCUGACGAAGAAAACGGAGAGGACCAAUCCGAGAGGCCCGGUCAAGAAUCAGAUAGCUGUCAGUCAACAGAAGAAAGCCAGACAACAGACAGGGGAGCGGAGGAGGAGAACGAUAACUCUUGUGAAAAAGAAGGCGCGGGGACGAAGGCAGAGGAGGAGAGGAGCAUCAGUGCACCGCUGGUGUUGUCCCAGGAGAGGAUGGAGGAAGUGUGCAGGAGGCUCCACAGUCUGGAGGAACAACUAAAGAGACUACAGACUGUAGAAGAGGAGCACCACAGGCUGCAGGAGGCCCUUUCCAAGUUCUCACUGGAGGGGGGUCACUUCCAGUAAGACACCAUCACGCCACCUGCUGGCCACUAGAUUUCUACUGGUGCUGGUUUGGAGUGCGAGAGUGACUUUCAGAGGCUUCCCUGGAAAUUCCUAAACCCUCACAAGUCAUGCCUGGACCCUUUGCUGCAUUAGGGGGCUUUAUGCACAGUGCAGUGGUUCAGUGACGAACAUGGGAGGUGUGUGCAUGUGUAUGUGUGUCUGUUUGCGUGCAUGCUUGGUAGAGAGGUAUACAAAGACAAAAAAAACAAACAAAAAAACCGGGACAUCCUACUUUUGAGUGGGAGGUUGUUUUUUGCAGAGAGGUGCCAAAAAAAAAAAAAGAAGAAGCAAUAUUUUGCUGUGAGAGAGAUGCUGCCUAACAAAAUGUAGUGAUUGCAAUCUGCUGUAACACACAUACGCACACCGGAGACAUGCACGCUAGAGAAUGAUUUACAUUAUUGCCAAUAGCAGACGUGCAGUAAAGGAGAAAUCCUAUGUUUGCCCGCCAGGUUCGCUCGAACCAGGUGGAAGCCUUAAGGGGCCAAUGUAGCGUUUGAAGAUGUAUGGAAAUACUACUGCUGAUAUAUAGUGUUAUUUCUAGUCUAUGCCAAAGCACCACAGAGAUGCACUUUUUUCUGAUCAAACCAAGUUGAACCCACACUGUUUAUGCGAAAUUUAUUUACUCUCUAUGUAGUGCCGUUUUUGAACAGUUGGGCUUCACGUGGGCAGCACUCAUUAUUGAAAAGAUUGCAUGCGUGAAAGUGUGUGUAUGUGUGUUACAAAGUUUUUUAAUUAAGGAUGUGCUUAUUUUGAGGGUUCUUACUGUCAUUAGGUCACAUAGAAACAUUUAUAAAUAGUAGCACUAUAGGUAAUCAUGCUGUUAAUAAUGGAGUCCUUUUUUUUUUGUAUUUACCACUUUUAUUUAUUCCUCUGAGUUCCGAUUGGUCAGCGAGUUGCCUCACCUGAGUGAAACUGUUACCGCACUGGGCCAAAGAAAAAGAACGUGUUCGAGAAAAGACGAAACGCAAGAACCUGGAAUGUGUAACGUAGAUCAAGGUAGAGAGAGAAGGAGAGAGAUGUUAGAAAGGGACGGGGCGGAGUUUAGAGGUUGCUUUGGUUAUUUGAAGCCGGCUUGAACCAGACAGUCAUGAGAAGAUGUGUAGAGAACAUGAGAGUAGGAUUUGUGCUCACUGUAUUAAGAAAUGUAGACACACACACACACACACACCUACAGACACUGAGAGCCCAGUGCUACAGAAGUAUUCACAAAGGUCACUCAGUGCCAGCAUCAUUUCCGCAGUGUCACCUUCCUCCUGAUUCACAGCUCCUGAUCCAAAACACGGACUUAAGACGGGGUUAUAAACUGUAUUAUAUGAUGUUAGAUUCUCAUGUUCUUAGCAAAAGAUUCUAUUUUUUCCCUGAUAGCAAUAUUUGUAUCAAAACUGAGCUCUGUGUUUGUAUUUUAUUCAGCAGUUGAUUGUAAUUAUGAUGAUGUUGAUGAUAUAAUUUCUGAGUAGUGGCAUAACUGUGGCCGUGCACACAGGACCAAAGACAUAAAGCACCGUUAGAUCCUCAUACGAGCUGUAAUUCUCUUAACGACAUGCUUCAUCUGCGUACAGUAGUAGCGUGGCACUUAAUGCCGAUGCAGGACUGGUUGCUCACAGCCUGCAGCCGCUUUUCCUCUCCCCAAACUCCAGCAUUUGGCAACAAGUAGCUGAGGAAUAUUAGACUGCCUUCACCUUAUGGCCAAACUGAAACUGUAGAUCAGUGAUUCCUUGCGUACACUUCAGUGCAGCUCGUGGUGUGACAGGAUAGAGUUAUUGAACACGUGGGACCAGCUCCAGCAGCAAAGAAAAACCCAACAAGACGGUGAGGCCAGAUGAGGACACAAAGGAAAUGUUUAAGGGUUUGGAGGAAGGAAAACGGCUGUCUCAGUCGUCAGCACUGUGAUCACGAUCACUUCCUGACACGCAUUCUCACUGUUGUUGCCACAGCUACAAGCGCCCCCGUUUGACCCAACUGAACCUCAGCGUGAACUUAUGCAAAACUCAGUGCGAUUACAUUCACACGAUGCUAAAUUAUAUGAGUUUGUGUUUGAACAUCACUGCCAUCUCUCCCCACGUCUUCCUCUUAGAAACUGUAAAUAGGUGUUAGCUCAAAGGACAAAAACAAAUUGUGAUGAAAAUGUAAAUUUGCCCUCCUGUUAGCUAGGUACAGCUAUUGACGCUCACUUGUGAUGGCAUGAUCACCUUUUCCUACCGCACAGUUUUAUCAUAUGUUACCUAAACGGGUCGGGGAGGUUUUGUUACUGUUUUUUUUUUCCAAACAAGUUUUUGUAAUUAUGUGCUAUGCAUUUGGCCGUAAUGGUGAGAGAGACAGGACUUGUCUGUAACUUGUCUAUGCAUGAAUGAGUUUAACAAGCAUUGCAAAUAUUGUAACCACAACUUCCUGUUUUGUUUUGUUUUUCGUUGUUGGUGUGCACGAUAAAGCGUUAACCCGCUCUGUACUGUGGCUAUCCAGCUUACCGAUGGGAUCCAUUUAAACACAUCAUCUCAACCGGGGAUUUUUAACUGUCCAGCUGCAGUGGUCAGCAGGUGAAACCCAGUAAACACCAGCUUCACUCGCUGUCUCUCCUCCUGACGCUUUUUUUUAUAGAACGCUCAUGCAUUCUAUAUACAAAUACCUAGAUGUAUAGAACAUGUAUUUAUAGAGUGGUGCCUUGUUCCAACGAUCUUCAUCAAGAGUUCUUCGGUCUACAAACACAAUCACCGUUUCGUCUGCACUCUUUCAUGGAGGACUGUGACCUCUGACAGUGGAAGACGACGACGAAAAGACUGAUAACGAUUGAGAGAUGAUCCCAGGAUCCUGCUUUUGUGUCCACCUCCAUUACAGCAAUAGGAUGCGAGCCCUCCGCCGACUCAGCCAGCCAGUGCCCUGUGUAGAAAAGACAUUGCUCCAUGUCAUGCAGGCAUCUGCCAUCUUGUCUAUCUAUAAACAAUGAAUAUACAAGAACUAUAUUGUGUAUUUGGGUUUUGAUUUUUAUCGUGUAAGAGGCUCUUUAAUGAUGUAUACUUAAGGAAAAUUGUGGUACGUUCUGUUUUUUAAUUCUUCAUUUUUUAAAUAAAUUGGGGAAAUAAA